GUUGUUUAGAAGAGGUUCCCGCGUGUGGUUCAAAUGAACGCUCCUUUUGACAGUUCAUUGUAAAUGUCAGUGAGGAAACAUAAACAGGAGUUCCGGAGUAAUUAACGAAAAUGCGGUAUGCCCAGAUUGUUUUGGGACCAGCAGGAAGCGGAAAGUCCACAUAUUGUUCUAUGGUGCAACGGCAUGCAGCUGACGAGAAACGAGUGAUUCACAUAGUAAACCUUGAUCCAGCAGCAGAACAUUUCGACUAUGAACCUGUUGUCGAUAUUCGCGACUUAAUUCAAUUGGACGAUGCCAUGGAAGACGAUGAACUGCAUUAUGGUCCAAAUGGAGGGCUUGUAUUUUGUUUAGAAUUCCUUAUAGAAAAUCAAGAUUGGCUCCAAAAUCAACUAUGUGGAGGAGAAGACAACGAAAUCGAAGUCGAACCAGAUGAUGACUACAUUCUCUUUGAUAUGCCUGGACAAAUCGAACUUUUCACACAUUUAACAACCGGAAGAGAACUCAUCAGACUUCUGACAUCAUGGAAUUUUCGAAUAUGUACUGUAUUUCUAGUAGAUUCACAAUUUAUGAUUGAUGGAGCAAAAUUUCUAUCGGGAACAAUGGCAGCACUAAGUGUGAUGGCCAAUUUAGAAACGCCACACGUAAAUGUUUUGAGUAAAAUGGAUUUAUUAAGUAAAACAGCGCGAGGGCAAUUGGAUAAAUUUUUAGAUCCAGAUCCACACGCACUUUUGGGAGAAGUUACAUCAGAAUCGUCAUGGGGUCGUAAGCAUAAAAAAUUAUCAGAGGCGAUUGGAAACCUGAUUGAGGAUUUUAGCUUAGUUCGUUUUGUUCCUCUCAAUGUAAACGAUGAAGAGAGCAUAACGGACCUUCUGCUACAAAUUGAUAACGUAAUACAGUAUGGAGAAGAUUUUGAUGUGAAAGUUCGCGAUUUCGAUGAGCCAGAACGGGAAGACGACGAUGCUGUGAAUGAACUAUAUCGCGAUUAAACUCAUUUCUAAAGCCGUUUGUUAUGCUGUGAAAAAAA